AUGGCGCCCAAAUCAAAACCGCCCGAAAAGAAGCAGCAGUCGCUCACAAACUUCUUCCAGCCAAAGACCGUCAAUGGCCUCGCCGCUGCCUUCCAAAAGUCACAGUCCGAAGCACGAACGAGCCCGCCCGAGUCGCCGGAUUCCUCGCGCAAGCGUCCCCUGGAGGAGGACACGGAUAGGGGCAAUAAUGGGCCGGAUAAGAACACCAAGAGAGCAAAGAGUGACCACGAGGGCAAGGCCAAUGCUGCGGAUCAGGGCAAGAGCUCCUUCUUCACAUCAGGAGACAAGCCGGCCGCCGAGUCUGAGCCCAAGUCCAAGGCAUCUGCAGUUUCCGCUAGGACGGGACGGUUUGCCUACAGCCAGAAUUCAGACGUGAACGAGGAGGAGGACGAAGAGGACCAAGACCCGUCCACGAAGCAACGCAAGGAGGAGCUACACAAGAAGUUUGUCAAGAAGCUGGGCCAUCCGGACAGCAUGCUAUGGCGGCGCCGGAGGGAAGACGACAACGAAGCUGCCGAGGGGGAGGAGGGUGAAGGAGAAGAAGACGAAGACGAAGCCCCGCCGCCGCCCAAGGCGAAGAAGGGUGGUGCGAGAGCGAACAAGAAGCUCACUCCCAUGGAGAUCCAGUUCCUAGACAUCAAGCGGAAACAUCUGGAUACAGUCCUUAUUGUAGAGGUGGGCUACAAGUUCCGAUUCUUUGGCGAAGAUGCCCGUAUUGCCGCCAAAGAGCUCAGCAUCGUGUGCAUACCUGGCAAGUACCGCUAUGAUGAGCAUCCCUCUGAAGCACAUCUGGAAAAGUUCGCCUCUGCGAGCAUUCCGGUACAUCGUCUGCCCGUUCAUGCCAAGCGCCUCGUUGCUGCUGGUCACAAGGUCGGCGUGGUCCGCCAGAUCGAAACAGCCGCGUUGAAGAAGGCCGGCGACAACCGCAACGCCCCGUUUGUCCGGAAGUUGACCAAUGUCUACACAAAAGGCACCUACAUUGACGAGAAUGGUGAACUCGAAACAGGUGGUGACGGCGGCGCCCCUUCGGGUGGUUAUCUGCUCUGUAUCACGGAAACUCCCACCAAGGGGCAGGGCACCGACGAGAAGGUCGACGUCGGCAUAGUAGCCGUACAACCGACCACGGGAGACAUCAUCUACGACACAUUCGAAGACGGCUUCAUGCGCAGCGAGAUCGAGACUCGGCUGCUGCACAUCUCGCCGUGCGAAUUCGUCAUCGUCGGCGACCUUACAAAAGGGUCGGACAAGCUCAUCCAGCACCUCUCGGGGAGCAGCACAAACGUCUUUGGAGACCGCAGCCGCGUCGAGCGCGUUCCCCGAACAAAGACCAUGGCCGCCGAGGCCUACUCCCAUGUCACCCAAUUCUACGCCGAUAAGCUACAGCAGACCCCGGACGCCGACGCCUCCGCUCUCCUGGAGCGCAUCCUCCACCUGCCCGAGCCCGUCACCAUCUGCCUCUCGGCCAUGAUCAGCCACCUCAAGGAAUACAGCCUCGAGCACGUGUUUGACCUCACGAAGAACUUCACCAGCUUCUCCGCACGUCAGCACAUGCUCCUCAACGGAACGACCCUCGAGGCCCUUGAGGUCUACCGCAACGCCACCGACCACUCGGAGCGCGGCUCCCUCUUCUGGGCCCUGGACAAGACCACCACCCGCUUCGGCCAGCGCCUCCUCCGCAAAUGGGUCGGCCGGCCCCUACUCGACGUCGCCCGUCUCGAGGAGCGUGUCGCCGCCGUCCAGGAACUCGUUGACGAGCAAUCCUCCGCAAAGGUCGACCGCCUAGAGACCCUCCUCGCCGGCACAAAGACGGAUCUCGAGCGCAGCCUCAUUCGCAUCUACUACGGCAAAUGCACCCGCCCUGAACUCCUAUCCGUCCUUCAGACCCUCCAACGCAUUGCCAUGCAAUACCCAACCGUCAAAUCUGCCGAGGCGACGGGCUUCACCUCCCCCCUCAUCGCCUCCGCCGUCCUCUCCCUCCCCCAAAUCCUCGACCUCGUCGUCUCCCACCUCGACAAGAUCAAUCCCGAGGCCGCUCGCAAGGACGACAAGUACAACUUCUUCCGCGAAUCAGAACAGACCGAAGACAUUGAAGACCACAAGAUGGGCAUCGUCUCGGUCGAACAAUCCCUCGACGAGCACCGCGCCGACGCCGCCGCCUCCCUCAAACGCAAGAAACCCGUCGACUACGUCACCGUCUCGGGUAUCGAGUUCCUCAUCGAGGUGCCCAACACGGACCUCAAAUCCGUCCCGGCCUCGUGGGUCAAAAUCUCGGGCACAAAGAAACUCUCCCGCUUCCACACACCCGCCGUCGUCCGCCUCAUCGCCGAGCGCGACCAGCACCGCGAAGCCCUCGCCGCUGCCUGCGACGCUGCCUUCUCCGCCCUCCUUUGCACAAUAGCAGACGCCUACCAACCCCUCCGCGACGCCGUGUCCUCCCUCGCAACCCUCGACUGUCUCCUCUCUCUCUCACGCGUCGCCGCUCUCCCGGGCUACAGCAAACCAACCUUCCUCCCCUCCACCACGAACAAACCCACAAUCUCCAUCGCCCAAGGCCGCCACCCCAUCGCAGAACACACCCUCUCAGACCCCUACAUCCCUUUCACCACAACCCUCGCCUCCCCUUCCCCGCUAGCCCACCUCAUCACGGGCCCCAACAUGGGCGGCAAAUCCUCCUUCGUCCGCGCCGUCGCCCUCCUCGUCCUCCUCGCCCAGAUAGGCUCCUUCGUCCCCGCCGACGCGUUAUCACUAACCCUCACCGACGCAAUCCACGUCCGUAUGGGCGCCCGCGACAACCUUGCCGCCGGCGAAUCGACCUUCAUGGUCGAGGUCACGGAGACGGCACGCAUCCUACGCGCCGCCACCCCGCGCUCCCUCGUCAUCCUCGACGAGCUGGGCAGAGGCACCUCCACCCACGACGGCGCCGCCAUCGCUCACGCCGUGCUCGACCACGUCGUCCGCGAGAAUAGGUGUCUCACCCUCUUCAUCACCCACUACCAGAACCUCGCCCGCCUGGCGGAGGGCAUCGGCGAAGGCCUCGUCAAGAACGUCCACAUGCGCUUCACCGCCACUCGCAGAGCCGGGACCGAGGAAGGCGACGUCGAUGCGGAGGAUGAUGAGGCAGGUGCCGAUGAAGAGAUUACGUUCCUGUACGAAGUUGGAGAGGGUGUUGCUCACAGGUCAUAUGGACUCAAUGUGGCUCGUCUGGCCCGCAUACCCCGCAAGGUCAUCGAUGUUGCCUCGCAGAGGUCGCGCGAGAUGGAGCAGGACGUAAAGGUCCGGAGGUUAAGGGGCACCGCUCGUCUUCUCGCCGAAGUACUCGAGACAAAUCCCGACCAGCUUGAUCAUUUGGUCUCAAACAUUGAGCAAUUGUAA